GUUAUUAGGCAGUGCUUCUGGUUCAGUAGAGCACCAUCAUGGCGUCCAGGAGGUUGGAGGCUCGACCCGUCAUCGCCUGCUUCAAGACCCUCCUGCUGGUCUACUGCCUGCUGUUCUGGGCCACGGGGGCCGUCCUGCUGGCGGUGGGGCUGUGGGGGCGUGUCCUCCUGGGGCCCUACCUCUCUCUGCUGGCCGCCUCCUCCUCCAACGCCCCCCUCGUCCUCAUGGCAACGGGCACCGCCAUCAUCCUGGUCGGCCUGUUCGGCUGCCUAGCAACCUGCAGGGGCAGCGUGUGGAUGCUGAGGCUGUACGCGGUCUUCCUGGCGCUGGUCUUCCUCGCUGAACUGGUCGCAGGAAUCUCAGCAUUCAUCUUCCGCCACGAGAUGAAGGGCAGCUUCCUGAGGACGUUCCAGGAGGCGGUGAUCCAGUACAACGCUCAGGACCAGAGGAGUCUGGCCGUGGACAACGUCCAGCGCAACCUGCGCUGCUGUGGUGUGUUUAACUACACCAGCUGGGUGUCCAGCCCCUCCUACCCGGCGGGGGGGCUCCCAGCCAGCUGCUGCCUCAGCCUCUCUGACUGCCGGCCCCAGGACCUCCACGGACCCACCGGGGCCACCAAGGUGCACGCCCAGGGCUGCUAUAACUUAGUGACUUCCUUCCUUGAGACCAACAUGGGGAUCAUCGCUGGAGUCACGUUUGGAACAGCGUUCUCUCAGUUGCUGGGGAUGCUCCUUGCUUGCUGUCUGUCUCGCUUCAUCUCUGCCAACCAGUAUGAGAUGGUCUAACAGAAGCAAGGUCAUCCCCAAUCGGCGUGGAAACCUCCACCAAUGUUGACAACUGACAGAUGUCAAUCACCUCCAUGCCUUUAUAAUCACCUUAUAUCUGUGCAUGUGCAGCAAGAUCCCAUGGAGGUCUAAUAAACACACUGA